GGCUCUGAAGAAUAUUUUAGCCAGAGUCACAAGCACACGGUUACCGUCGUAGUUAUCCCCGCUUUUACUUUGAAAAAAGAAACUCUUAGUGUCCGCAAAUUGAAAGAACAUUUCGUUUUAUUUUAAAGGAAAUACGAAAUAACCAAUCUAUUUUUGUUUUUCAAUUUACAUUCUUUAAAAGAACAUUCAAUGACCAAAACACUGGCUUUUGUACCGCAUUUAGGACGUCUCAGGUGUUUCCUUUUGCAACUUCGAGGUCUUAUUUUGAAAGGUAUGUUUCCUGUUAGUAUCAACCGCUCCUAUUGGUUCCCUUGUUGACCAAUGACCCGCCUUGUUGGUCACGUUGUUCCGGACCAUGUGAGAAGUUGCUAGCGCAACAGCUAGCUAAAGAAAAAACAUGAUCCGAAGAGAGGUGAGGUUGAGACGGGAGUAUUUGUUCCGAAAGGCACAAGAGGACAGACUACGAACAAUUGAAGAGAAAAAACAGAAGCUCAAGGGGGCUCUCGAUGAAAACCUGGUCCUGCCAACGGAGGUACGCAAAGAGGCGCUGCAGCUGCAAAAACUCCUGGAGUACGAUGACGACGGUGCAGAAGGUGUCAGCUCGCACAUGGACGACGAGUACAAAUGGGCUGGAGUUGAAGACCCUAAAAUCAUGGUGACCACGUCCAGAAAACCCAGUUCCAGACUCAAAAUGUUUGCCAAGGAGGUGAAGCUGCUUUUCCCUGGAGCUCAGCGCAUGAACAGGGGGAACCACGAGGUCCCCGCACUUGUCCAGGCCUCCAAAGCCAACAACGUGACAGACCUGGUGAUUAUUCACGAGACCAGAGGACAGCCAGAUGCCUUGGUGGUGUGUCACCUGCCAUUUGGACCCACCGCCUACUUCACGCUGUAUAAUGUUGUCAUGAGGCACGAUGUCCCCAACAUCAACACCAUGUCCGAGGCCUACCCUCAUCUCAUUUUUCACAACUUCACAUCUCGGCUUGGCAGGCGGGUGUCCAACAUCCUCAAGUACCUUUUUCCAGUGCCCAAAGAGGACAGUCGGCGUGUCAUCACUUUUGCCAACCAGGAGGACUUCAUCUCUUUCAGACAUCACACCUACAAGAAAACAGACCACAAGAACAUUGAGCUGACAGAAGUGGGACCGAGGUUUGAAAUGAAGUUGUACAUGAUCAGACUGGGCACUCUGGAGAACGAGGACACGGCGGACGUGGAGUGGCGACACCACGCCUACACCAACACGUCCAAGAAAAGAAGGUUCCUCAGUGUUCAAUAGGCUGAUGAAUCCUGAUGGUUAUGUGCAGGAAACACAUUCUUUCAAACACGUCUGACCGCUUUCAUGCCUUCUUCAAAUAAAACAAUGUCUUCAAUUACAGUGUGCCAAAGAAAAGGACAAUCCUUGCUUUUCUUAGGUCAUGUGAAUAUAAAAAUGUCUCCUGGAUCUGAUGACUGUGACCAUAUUGCUGCAUGUGGCCAGCUUAUAUUGAUAUCAGAUAUCGCUCCAUAGCAUCGGAUGAUGUUGGCUUGGCAUGUCAAAUGUGCGAUACGAGCAAUCCUGUAGCGUGUUUACUUGUGUGUGAUGUCAUGUGCGAUACGAGCAGUCCUGCAGCGUGUUUGCUUGUGUGUGAUAUAAUGUGCGAUACAAGCAAUUCCUGCAGCAUGUUUACUUGUUUAUAUUAUGUGCGAUACAAGCAGUCCUGCAGCGUGUUUUUUGUGUGUGAUAUGUGCGAUACAAGUAAUUCCUGCAGCGUGUUUAUUUGUGUAUGAUAUCAUGUGUGAUGCGAGCAGUCCUGCAGCGUGUUUACUUGUGAUAUCAGGUGCGAUACAAGCAGUCCUGCAGAGUGUUUACUUGUGCGUGAUGUCAUGUGCAAUACGAGCAAUCCUGCAGCGCGUUUACUUGUGUGUGAUAUCAUGUGCGAUACAAGCAGUCCUGCAGCGCUUUUUUUGUGUGAUAUGUGCGAUACAAGUAAUUCCUGCAGCGUGUUUAUUUGUGUAUGAUAUCAUGUGUGAUACGAGCAGUCCUGCAGCGUGUUUACUUGUGAUAUCAGGUGCGAUACAAGCAGUCCUGCAGAGUGUUUACUUGUGCGUAAUGUCAUGUGCAAUACGAGCAAUCCUGCAGCGUGUUUACUUGUGUGUGAUAUCAUGUGCGAUACAAGCAGUCCUGCAGAGUGCUUACUCGUGUAUGAAAUGUGCGAUACGAGCCCUCCUGCAGUGUUGUGUGUGUGUGAUAUCAUGUGCAAGACAAGCAGCCAUGCAGAGUGUUACUUGUGUAUGAUAUCAUGUGCGAUAGGGCAGUCCUGCAGCGUGUUUCAUUGGGUGAUUUCAUGUGCGAUACAAUCAGUUUUGCAGCGCGAUUACUUGUGGAAUACAAGCAGUCCUGCAGUGUGUUUACUUGUGUGAUAUCAUGUGUGAUACAAGCAGUCCUGUAGCGUAUUUAGUUGUGUGAUAUCAUGUGCAAUACGAGCACUCCUGUAGCGUGUUUACUUGUGUGUGAUAUCAUGUGCAAUACGAGCAGUCCUGCAGCAUAUUACUUGUGUGUGAUAUCAUGUGCGAUACAAGCAGUCAUGCAGUGUUUACUCAUGUAUAUCAUGUGCGAUAUGAGCAGUCCUGCAGUGUUUACUUGUGUGUGUGUGUGAUAUCAUGUGCAAUACAAGCAGUCCUGUAUAGUGUUUAUUUGUGUAUGAUAUCAUGUGCGAUGCUAGCAGUCCUGCAGCGCGUUUAGUUGUGUGUGAUAUCAUGUGCAAUACAAGCAGUCAUGCAGAGUGUUUACUUGUGUGUGAUGUCAUUUGCAAUACAAGCAGUCCUGUCACGUGUUUUUUGUUGUAAAGCUGGACAGACAGUUAACAUCUAAAUGUCCUCCAAUAAACACACAAUUUCUUCCA